AUGAGUACUCCUCCCACCACUCCAAAGACUGCGCCGAACGCCGAGUCCAAGCUCCCACAUACUUAUGCGAGCACUUCGGUCCUGACUCCGCCCACCUCUCCCCGCCAGAGUCGAUCUUCUUCCAAUAUCUCGGAACUUACGACGCCCAUUUCCGUGCCGGUCAUUCAAUCUCCUCUGGGAUCAGCUUUGAGGCACCAGGGGCCCAGACUCGACCUCAUCGACACCGAUACCGUCGCGCCGAGCAUAUCAACCGACGCAAGUGUUACUGCCUGCCCCUUUGACGUUGAAAUCCUCAAGGACGAACGUGGCCGAGAUGCUAUCUUCGGCACCGGCGCCUGGAGCACCGUCUACAAAGCCACCACACACGCCAAAUCGAGAACCAUGUCAGGUUCUUUGACACCGCCGCUCUCGCCGACAUUUGCCACACCUAUCCUAGUAGCACUCAAGAAGCCCGCACGUCGAGACGCAAUUCCCAUUCUGAAAAGCGAGGCUAAACUCCUCACUUACCUCCGAGCCAUCCCGAGCAGCGAUAAGUGCGUUGUUCCCUUCUACGGCACCGUCGAUGAAACCUCUCUUGUUCUCGAGGCCAUUCCGUUCAGUCUCGAGGACCAUAUCCGACAAUGUGCAGCUAGGGCUACCCAGAACUUGUCCACUUGGACUAUGACAGAGCCGGUCCUCGGCAGCGAAGCAAAAUGGUUUCAUCUGGCACGCCAACUCAUUUCGGCUCUUGCGUGGUUGCACAAUGAUGCACGAGUUGUCCACGGCGACAUCAAGCCUGGCAACAUCCUCCUAACUCGCGUCCAAGGAUCAGGAGUCGACGUAACCUUUCAGCCCGUGUUCGCCGACUUCUCGUCGGCCCAACGGCUGGAUACCGAAGACACCACGCCGAAUACGCUGUCGGCCGUUACAAGAGAGUAUACUGCGCCCGAGCUUCUCAACUCCAAAGUUCUCCGCGAUCCAACGUCCACGGCCACGCCUGCUUCGGACGUCUUCUCCAUGGCAAUCACCUUGUUGGUGGCAGCCACAGGGCAACUACUGGUCUACCCGGGAUCAGUGUUCCAGCGACAGGCCAUGGCCACUCAAGGUUGGAUGGUUUUGAACUACGCCAGGAAUGGUGAACAAGGUUCAAGAUUACCCAAAUUUGGGCUUGUGGAGAGAGUGUUAGAAAGGGCAGUCCUGAAGGCGGAUUUGGGAAGAGUCAGCGCACAGGAAUGGUUGGGUAUUGUUGACACCAUCGCACAAGGGGAUCCUGCGAAACUGUGA